CACGCGGGGGUCUGAUGACCGGUUGAUUGGAAGGGCUGCAGACGAACAGGCAUCCGAGGACCGGUAGCAACUACUGUACUCGACGAGUCGACCUGCAUCUGGUGUAUCUGAUUACAUUUAGAAGACUUUCUGUGUCUCUUCUUCGGAGGCAUAGCAAAUCUGACGCUUUUCGGACAGUCUCUGUGAAAUGGGUUCCGUUAACGAAAUACGGCGCUCCACAGGCGAGCUCGGCCUGGAGGCGCAGAAGCUUCUGAAGCUGGAGAACCAAUACUGCGUCGGGGGGUUUCUGCCACUUCCAGCCUACAUCUCACGAGGUAACGGGGUAGUUCUCUUUGACGCCGAUGGAAAGAGUUAUCUUGACUUUAUCGCGAUGUUCAGUGCCGGCAAUCUCGGCCAAUGCCAUCCCAAGCUUGUGCGGACUGUGGUAGAAUUAGCAUCCAAAAGCAAGUUAGUAACCCUGGCCAAUGCCGCUCUGAGAGUGGCCGAGUGGCCACCCUUUGCGGAGAUGAUGUGCAAGCGCUUUGGCUACGACCAGAUCAAUGCUACAGUCUCCGGGACCGAAGCCGCUGAUGCGGCGGUCAAGAUAGCCCGGAAAUGGGGCCUCCAGGUCAAGAAGGUCCCGCAGGAUCGAAUCAAGGUCUUGGGGGUCGGGAACAACUACCAUGGACUCUCGUCUGGGAUCUGGCCCAUCAUGGAGCCGACUGAUCGUCGGAAAGGCUUCGGAGUGACAGAUCCAUCCUUGUCCAACUUGAACCCAAGCACCGGCGAGGUGCUCCGGUAUGGCUCUGUUGAAGACAUGGAAAAAUGUCUGGCCGAGCAUCAUCAGAAUGUCGCUGCGGUGAUGAUGGAAUGCAUUCAUGGGCACGCACCAACAUUCCAGGAAGAUAUCGACUUCGCACGUGGCGUCGCCCUGCUCUACAAAAAGUACGGUGUCCUUUUCAUCUCCGACAAGGUCCGCAUGGGCGCUGGAAAGACUGGACGUUGGCUGUGCUCGGAGUGGCUGGGCCCGGACGUCAAAGCCGACAUGAUCGUUCUAGGCAAAUCUCUCACCGGCGGUGCCUAUCCGGCCUCCUUUGUGCUUGGAAACAAGGAGACCAUGUCCCUCGUCACUCCGUACACCUGCGCCGGGACCUUUGCAAACACGCCGUUGGGCAUCGCGUGCGCCCGAACGGCCACGGAAAUCAUCGACGAAGAGGGACUGGUCGAGCGCACCGCAGAAAUCGGCCGGAGGUUUGUCGAGUGGACCAAAGACUGGAAGCAAAGGUUUCCCUACAUCGCCUUUGCCACCAACCGGGGAGCCGAUCUUCAGCUGGUGAUGAAGCCUGACUGCGGCCAGGAUUUUGACGCGAGGCGCUUUGCGGCUCUGGCCAUGUCCAAGGGACUCUUGACACACCCGUUGCAUGGCUCGGUCCGCAUGUCGGUUCCAAUGGUCAUCACGGACGAGCAGCUGUUGAAGGGCUUCCAAAUCUUGGAGGAGACCGCCUCGGAACUCAAGGACUACGACUUUAUUGCUGGUGAUAACAUGUAGUGGCAGAAACAGAAUUGAUUGUCGCAAUGGGAUAAUUGCUUUUUCCAUCGAUCCAAUCUGUAAUGUCUGGAGUGCUGGCAGA